AUGGGUCUCGGUGUCCAAGAAGACACCAAGCUGGACCACGUCCCAGGAACGGUCCUGCUGAACGACGAAGCUGCCCACUCCGAGGCUGUAACUGGCGGGCUCAAGCAUGGCAAGGGUCGCGAUGCGCACAUCCUGCUGUCUCCGCAACCCAGCGAGGAUCCCAAUGAUCCGCUCAACUGGUCGUUGUUCAAGAAAGAAGUCAUCAUCGCCAUUCUCUGCCUGGGCGCGAUGCUCAACGCUGGCACUAAUGGACCCCUCCUCAACGCCUCCUACUUCGAGAUGUCUCAGCAGAUAAACAAGCCUAUCAACACUGUGGUACUAGUUUCCGGCUACAACCUGCUCGCUGCGGGAUGUAUCGGGCCGUUCGUCGCUGCUUUCAGUCGGAAAUAUGGCAAAAGGCCAGUCUUCCUUGUCUCCACCCUCUUCGACAUCGUCGGCACAGCUAUCGGCGAGGCCAAGGUCGACUACAAGUAUCUCCUGGCGUCACGCAUCAUUCAAGGAUUUUCGACCUCGGCAUUCGAAUCCCUGAUUGUUGCAACGGUCGGCGAUAUUUAUUUUGUGCACCAGCGAGGUCCACGCAUCUCCUUCAUCAACUUCAUCCUCAACUCGGCAUCCAGCCUUUCGUCGGUCAUCUGCGGACAGGUAUUCCAGAAGCUAGGCUGGCUGUGGCUCUUCCACAUGUUCCAGAUCUUCCUAGUAGCACAGUUUGUCCUCAUGUUCCUAUUCUGCCCGGAGACCACGUACAUCCGCGAUACCCGCUACGACACGGAUCUUGUUGUGGACGAGAAGCUCGAGGAUUUAGCGGCGAUCGAGGCGAGCCACAAGGAGAUGGUCGGUGAGCCUGGCCAAGGUGAAAGAACCAAUAUACCCCAAAAGAAGACCUUCGUGCAGGAAUUGGCCGUCUUCACUGGAGUGUACUCGCCGGACAGCGUGGUCAAAUUCCUGAUCGGACCUUUCUUGACCCUGCUCAACCCGGCAGCCUGCUAUGCAGUCAUUGCUUCCGGUGUUCUCAACAGCUGGUAUGUCGGCUCGGCCAUCAUUUUGGCCGGCAUCUUCUCCGGCCCGCCCUGGAAUUUCAACGCCUCGCAGAUCGGCUACGUCGGCUUCGGACCUUUUAUCGGAGGGAUGAUCGGAUCUAUCAUCACUGGAUUCACGGCCGAUUGGGUCAUCAAGUACCUCACGCGACGGAACAAGGGUGUUUAUGAGCCCGAGUUCAGACUUGUGUGGAUGGCCCCCGCCUGCGUCACCUGUGCCUUCGGCAUGUUCUUCUUCGGAUACACGCUGGAGAAGGGAUCCCCCGCCGAGCUCUGCGCGUUCCUUCAAGGAGUCAUGAUGGUCGGUGUGUUGAUCGGGAUCUUCUCAACCCUUUCGUAUGGCCUCGACUCUUUCCGGAGUCAGAGCAACGAAAUCUUCAUCAUGAAUAUGCUUUUCAAGAACUUUAUGUUUUAUGGCCUCUCCAAUUUCGCCAACCCCUGGGUUGCAGAAAGCGGACCUGAGCAGAUCAUGUACGUCUUUGGUGGGACUUCGGUUUUCUUCUCCCUGCUCGGCAUCCCGGUGUACAUCUACGGCAAGCGCCUGCGAAGCUGGUGGGCAAGGCACGACCUGUUCAGGACCUUGAAGAUGGAGACCCACGGCCCUACGAGCGAGAUGGGUUGA